CCCAAUGUGUUUGUGGGCUGAACAGUUGAACGUAGCUGGUUGGAUUUUCUUCUAGUAGCUGCUAGCAGAAGCAGCAGCAGCAUCCUUCUGCAUCACAGUACCAGCUGUUUACACCGACUAGCGUACAGAACAGGCACGACUCUAACUCAAAUAUAGGCGUUGCCAUCUACGGACUAUUUCUAAUAUAUACAAUUUUUAUUUUUAUUUUUUUUUUUAAGAACCGGGCUUGUCUUUUUUGCCGUGCAUCAUUGAUUUGAAGGCUGUUAUGCGGUAAGCAGUCUGUUAUUCGUAUUGAAUUGACUUAUAUUGCAUUCAGACUGUGGCGUGAUCAUGCAGAACGGCAGCACUGAUGUUAUUGGUAUUAUUAGCUUAUUGCGCGAUCGCAUAUGAAUCCAUUGUUAUGAUUGACGUUUCUGAUUAAAGUUGCAAUUAUUUUAAUAAGCAGCAACAAUGUCUAAAGUGAAAAAUUGCGAGACAGUGAAAGUGGUAGUGAGAUGUCGCCCUUUGAAUCGGAAAGAAGAAGCAGCAGGGCACGAACAAAUUGUGAAUAUGGAUGUGAAAUUAGGCCAGGUGACUGUUCGGAACCCGAAAUCUGCACCCGGUGAGCUGCUGAAAACGUUCACCUUUGAUGCUGUCUAUGAUGCCAGCUCAAAGCAAAGCGACCUGUAUGAUGAAACCGUUAGACCCCUUAUAGACUCCGUGUUGCAGGGGUUCAACGGGACCAUAUUUGCUUAUGGACAAACCGGAACUGGCAAAACAUACACAAUGCAAGGUGCAUGGAUGGAUCCAGAAAAGAGAGGUAUUAUCCCAAAUUCCUUUGAGCACAUCUUCACCCAUAUAUCCAGAUCCCAAAACCAACAGUACUUGGUAAGGGCAUCAUAUCUAGAAAUAUACCAAGAGGAAAUCAGAGAUCUUCUAUGCAAAGACCAGUCCAGAAAACCAGAGCUGAAAGAAAACCCAGAUUCUGGAGUUUACAUCAAAGAUCUGUCUUCUUUUGUGACCAAAAAUGUCAAGGAGAUAGAACACGUUAUGAACGUGGGCAACCAAGCCAGGUCCAUUGGUUUCACCAACAUGAAUGAGCACAGUUCCAGGUCCCAUGCCAUUUUUGUCAUCACAGUUGAGUGCAGCGAGACUGGCAUAGAUAGUGAAAACCACAUUAGGGUGGGCAAACUGAACUUGGUAGACUUGGCUGGCAGUGAGCGGCAGAGCAAAACCGGUGUUCGGGGGGAACGUCUCAAGGAAGCCACUAAGAUAAAUCUGUCCCUGUCCGCCUUAGGCAAUGUCAUAUCUGCUCUGGUGGACGGCAAAAGCACCCAUAUACCCUACAGAGACUCUAAACUGACCCGCCUGCUGCAAGACUCCCUUGGAGGCAAUGCCAAGACCAUCAUGGUGGCCACCCUGGGCCCUGCCGCCUACAAUUAUGAAGAGAGUUUGACUACCCUCAGGUAUGCCAACAGGGCCAAGAACAUUAAAAACAAGCCGCGUGUGAAUGAGGACCCCAAAGACGCCCUGCUGAGAGAGUUCCAGGAAGAGAUCGCCAGGCUGAAAACCCAGCUGGAGAAACGGGGGGUGCUGACCAAGAAGAGGAGACGGAACAGCCGGAGGAUUAAGAAGAUGCUGGAUGGGGAGGAGGUCACAGACCUUGAGGGGGAGGAUGAGUCAGAGGACAGCGUGGAGAAGGACGUGGAGGACUACCUGAAAGAGCAGGAGAACCUGGAGCUGGAGAAAGCAGCCAUCCUGGACGACCGCAGCCUGGUGGCUGAUGAGAAGCAUAAACUGCUGGAUGAGAAGGAGAGAAUGAUGGAUGACUUGAGGAGAGAACAGGAGGCCACAGAGAAUCUCACAGCAAAAUUUAAGGCUAUGGAAAGCAAGCUUCUAGUGGGAGGGAAGAACAUCAUGGAUCACACCAACGAACAACAGAAGAUGUUAGAACUGAAGAGACAAGAGAUUGCGGAGCAGAAGCGGCGCGAGCGGGAGAUCCAGCAGCAGGUGCUGGCGCAGGAUGAGGAGACAGUGGAGCUCAGGGAGACCUACUCCUCUCUGCAGCAGGAAGUCGAGAUCAAAACCAAGAAACUGAAAAAGCUGUACUCCAAGCUGCAGUCAGUGAAGGCUGAGAUUCAGGACCUCCACGAUGAGCAUGUGCGUGCCAGGCAGGACCUGGAGCAGAGCCAGACAGAGCUGACUCGGGAGCUCAAAUUCAAGUACCUGAUCAUUGAAAAUUUCAUUCCUCCGGAGGAGAAGAACAAGAUCAUGAACAGGCUGGUGUUUGAUGGAGAUGAGGAACAGUGGAAGUUCCAGCCCUUUGUACCUGCUGGAAACAAGAACAGUCAAAUGAAGAAGAGGCCUGCCUCUGCAGUAGGCUACAAGAGACCAAUCAGCCAAUUUGCACGGGUUGCCAUAGCGAUGGGAGCUCAUCCUAGAUAUCGGGCUGAGAACAUCAUGUUCCUGGAGUUGGAUAUGACUCCUCCCACUUUAUUUGAACUGGAGUUCCCCCGAGCUCAGCCAGAGCACGACCUGGCCCUUCGUUUUGGCAGGGAUCUGAUGCUCAAUAACUCUGCAUACAGGGAGCAUGCAGCCGCCUCCAGGGUCAAGAAAUCAAGGUCAUGGUGCCGACCACCAAGGUUAGUUUCUUCCUCGUCUUCAAGCUUCUCACUGGCUUCUGGAUCCCAGCAUAUCCCUCGUUCACAAGGGCCCUCAGCAUCCUCACAUCAAUGAGAUGCACCCUGGCAUCCAAAGUGAAGAGCCCAGUUUAGUCCAGGGGCCACCAGCUUCCUUUUGAAUCAGCAUCUGCAUAAGCUUGCUUUCUUUUUUUUUUUUUUUUUUUUGAAAAGAGCAA